CACGCGCGCGUGCGGGAGGGGGCGGGUGGGGAAGGAUUGCAGGCGAGACUACUAGGCGAGGCUCGCGCGCCCGCCCCCGCCCUGGCCCCCAGUGCCCACCCGGUCGGCCCGGUACAGCCAUGAUCAAGGCGAUCCUAAUUUUCAAUAACCACGGGAAACCGCGGCUCUCCAAGUUCUACCAGCCCUACAGUGAAGAUACACAACAGCAAAUCAUCAGGGAGACUUUCCAUUUGGUAUCUAAGAGAGAUGAAAAUGUUUGUAAUUUCCUAGAAGGAGGAUUAUUAAUUGGAGGAUCCGACAACAAACUGAUUUAUAGACAUUAUGCAACGUUAUAUUUUGUCUUCUGUGUGGAUUCUUCAGAAAGUGAACUUGGCAUUUUAGAUCUAAUUCAAGUAUUUGUGGAAACAUUAGACAAAUGUUUUGAAAAUGUCUGUGAACUGGAUUUGAUUUUCCAUGUAGACAAGGUUCACAAUAUUCUCGCAGAAAUGGUGAUGGGGGGAAUGGUAUUGGAGACAAACAUGAAUGAGAUUGUUACACAAAUUGAUGCACAAAAUAAGCUGGAAAAAUCUGAGACCUUUAUCUUUCAGUCUCCCAGACAGGACAGGUAGACAAGGCUGGCUUAGCGGGAGCUCCAGCCCGUGCUGUAUCAGCUGUAAAGAAUAUGAAUCUUCCUGAGAUCCCAAGAAAUAUUAACAUUGGUGACAUCAGUAUAAAAGUGCCAAACCUGCCCUCUUUUAAAUAAAAAUUUUUAAAGGCUACUCCCAGGUAAAAUCCAGGGGGAAAAGUCAUCUAAGUUUACCAUGCAGUUGUUUACCAAAAAUAGAGGAGGAGAGUCUUUAACUUUUGCUCUUGGAUUUAAGUCAAGGUACUGUACAGAAGUUGUGUAAAAUCGUUAUGAAAGUUCAAUGUUGCUUUUCUUGCUCAGUGAUUUUAAAGAAAUUGAGUAGUUCCUAUGUGAUUUUUUUUUUCUUUUCUAAACUGCAUUCCUGUGUCCACCUACGGCAUGCCUCUAUGUAUUGGCUACUACAGUGUUUUAAAAAGUGUUUCAGGUAUUUCUUUAAUUAUGUACAACCUAAAAUGUUGGUGUUUUGUAUGGAUCACAAGUGCAGCAUUCCUUAAUUUCUUCUGCUAUUUGUCACACAAUUGUUAUUUAAAGAACCAAGUAUGUAUUGCAUGAAAACAUUAUGACUUUUUUCUCUUAGUUUAAAUAAACUCCAAGGUAACUGGACUUCUAAAGCACCUUUCUGUUUGCCUGAUAUCUACUUUAGCAAUAAUUUUUUUUACAACCCUCUGACCCAACAAAGUAAAUAAAAGUAUAUUUUAUCACUGUUAA